CGAAUCGGAAUCUAUGGGUGAGGUGGAUACAUCAGAUAGAUGAACUUUACAAAAAGUAGUAGCCGCUUCUAAAAGGAAAGACUUGGAACCAGCCUUUCCUCACAGCCGAAGAGCGCCAUGGAUAUCAGCAAAGAUAAGAAAUGGUCCAAGCUGAGGGGUCGCCUGCACAUGCUGGGCUACAAUCACAAUCUUGGAGAAGAGUCUGUGCCACUUGUUGAGCAACUUUUCAGCGAUUUGGUCCACACCACCGAAAGCCUGCACGAAUCCCAACGAUCAACGGACAAAUCGGAGAAAGAAAGUCAAAACAGUGAUGUCCGCCUGGUCAGGGAGAACCAAGAGCUUCACCUUGAGCUCAUGACGGUGAAGGGCGAGAAAGCCAACGUGACCAGAGAGCUGAAGGUCUACAUCACCAAACUGGACAAUGACCUUGCUUUGCUGAAGUCUUUGAACAAGCAAUAUUUGCAAGAGAUGCACAGCCUGGAGAAGGACUGCAAAGAAAAGGCCAGGCUCAUCCGUCAACUGCGUCGAAAAAAUUUGAACAGUUGGGUGCAGGCGGUGGAUGCAAACAAGUCCCCACCUGAUGAUCCGGAAGCAGCUGAUCUGCAGCAGGCGGAACUUACAAGAAUAAAAACCGAGCUGGAAAAUUCUCAAGGGCACAUACAACACUUAAAUAACCAAAUUGAUGAACUGCAGGAGACCAACGUCACACUGGAGCAGAAGCUCAAGGGAGUGCAGCACAAGUCCUCCGGCAAAGUGGCUGAGCUCACCUCAAAGAACCACGAACUGUGUCAAGAGAUCACGGACAUCCGCAACCUAGCCAAGUUGGUGGAGCUGGAAAAGAAGCAAAAGCUCCAAAAGGCCGAAAUGAAAUUGCAAGACCUUCAGGACAUCAUCCGAAAGCUCCAAGGAGUCAUUAAAGAUUUGGAGGAUCAGCUGAGUAAAAAAAGAAUGACUUCGGAUCUACCAGAUGAACAAGAGUCGAGGACUGCCGACCGACAGAACAACACUCGCAAUGGAUUUGCAUCUCAGGAAGCUUCAGACCAGGAGUUUGUCAAAUCCCAACUUGGAGAUCAGUUACGGGAUCUAAGAGAGCAAAAUGAAAAAUUUGAGGCGAUGGUGGCGUUCCUGGCGGCAGAGAAAAGCAGACUGCAGGACAAAGUGCAGAAGAUGAUGUCCGUUGAGAAAGUCGUGGUGCUGGAGCUGGAAGGCUGGCGGACGAAAUACGGCAUUUGCGGAAGGGAACGCUCGCCGUCGCGUCUGGAUGCUUUUGUCAAGAGUUUGGAAGAGGAAAGGGAUCACUUUCGUCAGGAGGCCGAACAUUAUCAAAACCUCGGGAUCUCCAGCAACACCAGUCGCAGUUCAGACAGGCAGAGAAGUCACGCCGCGGAGCGUCUUGACUACCAAAGCUCAAACCCACCCGCUGAAAUUCGGAACCUGAGACAGAAGCUCAGACUGGUAGAAGAACAACUCCAGCAGGUGACAAAAGAAAAAGUCUCUCUGAUGGAAGAAUUGAAGGCCCACGACAGCUCAAACACAUCCCCCGAAAUCCUCAAACCGAAGAAGACCUUCAAACAGGCAAUAGAACAAGUCCUGCAAGAGACGAAAGAAAAACGCAAGAAAAGGAAAGACGGAGUGGAGGAGGAACUUCAGGAGCCGCAGCCCGAACAGCGCGACUCGACCACGCCUGAUGAAUUUCUGGACCUGAAAGAGGAGCUAAGCCUGGUGGAAGAAAAAAAUCAGCUCUUGACUGCUGAAAAAGAUUCGCUCAUGGAGGAGUUUCAGAAAAAGGAGCUGCAGUGUGAGCAACACACCGCAGAAGUGUCCGACCUUCUGGAGCAACUCAAAGGGGCAGAAGAGAAAAUCCAGCAGCUGACCGGUGAAAAAGACGCACUCGUGGAAGAAUUGAAGCAAAAGCAACUGCAGCUGGAUACAAAUACUUCGGCUGAGAUUGCAACACUGAAAGAAAAUCUGAAAAAGGCAGAAGUGAUCAUUCAGAUGUUGAAAUCGGGGAACGAUAAAAAGACGGAACAAUUGAAGCAAAUGCAGCAGGGAAAAAUCGGACAGGCGUCGACUGCCAAAGAUCCACUGGUGGAGGAACUGAAGCAAAUGCAGGAGCAACAUGAAAAGCAAAUCUCGGAUGCCUCUGGCGAAAUCUCAAAACUACAAGCGGAACGACAACAGGGAGAAGAAAAGCUCCAGCAGUUGACUUCUGAAAAAGACUCACUGAUAGAGGAGUUGAAGCAAAAGCAACUGGAGUACGGGGAGCGCAAUACAAAAACUUCGGCUGAGAUCUCAACACUGAAAGAAAAUCUGAAAAAGGCGGAGGUGAUCAUUCAGAUGGCGCAAUCGGGGAAAGAUAAACUGAGGGAGGAAUUGAAGCAAGCGAAGCUAGAGCACGACAAGCAGCGUGCUCUGAAUUCCGCUGAAAUGUUGAAACUCAAAGAGGAGCUCAAACAGGCGACAAAGAAAAAUAAGACGGAACAAGCGGAGACGCAGACGGCCAGCGACGGCCCGAGCGCAUCGGAUGAAAUGGCAAACCUGAAAGAGCAACUCGAAUCGGCGGAAGAACAAAUCCAGCAAAUGACGGAUGAAAAAGACGAACUGAUGGAGGAACUGAAGCAACAGCAGCUGCAGUACGAGCAACGCGCCUCCGACACAUCUGCUGAAAUCUCCGAUUUGAAAGAGAAGCUCAGAGUGGCCGAAGAAAAGAUCCAGCAGCAAAAGCGGGAUGAGGAGCGCAACUCCAAAACGUCCGCUGAAAUGUUCAAACUGGAAGAGAAAAUCAAAGAGGCGGAAGAUCAACUCCAGCGGGUGAAACAUGAAAAAGACGCACAGAUGGAGGAAUUGAAGCAAAUUCAGCUCAAGCACGCCGAGCAGCACUCCAAAACCUCCGCGGAAAUUGCGAAACUGGAGCAGAAGCUUAGACUGGCAGAAGAAAAAAUUCUGCAGGUCGAAGCGGAAAAAGAAUCGGUGACAGAGGAGUUGGAGCAACUGCAACAAAGUGCCGACCGAAGCGCCGCUUCGUCUUCUGAAGUCGUCAAACUGACAGUGAAGCUCAGAUUAGCCGAAGAAAAAAUCAAGCGCCUGACGACUGAAAAAGACGCACUGACGGAGGAACUGAAGGAAAUGCAACUACAGAAUGAGCGCCUCGCCUCAAGCACAUCUGCCGAAAUCUCCGCGCUGAAGGAGAGUCUCAGGCUGGCAGAAGAAAAAAUCCAGCAAGUGACGGAAGAAAAAAACUCGCAGUUGGAGGAAUUGAAGCAAAAGACUCGCUCCAACAUAUCUGAUCAAAUCUCCAACAUGAAAGACAAGCUCCGACUGGCAGAAGAAAAAAUCCAGCGCUUGACCGAAGAGAAACACAAACGGGAAGCGGAGCAGCUGCAAAGUGCUGACCGGAAUGCGAAAGGGGCUGCCGAAGUCCUUCAACUGAAAGAGAAGCUUCAACGGGCAGAAACCAAAAUCGAGCUGGUUACGGAGGAAAAAGAUUCACUGAUUGAGGAGAUGAAGCAAAAGACCCGUUCCAAUACAUCGGAAGAAAUCUCCAACCUGAAGGAGACGCUCAGAUUGGCUCAAGAAAAAUUGCGCAACGUGAGAACUGAAAAAGAGACACUGAUGGAAGAACUAAAUCAAAAGAAGAGUUCAAACCCAUCUGAGGAACUCUCCGGCUUGAAAGCAAAGCUCAGACUGGCAGAGGAAAAAAUCCAGCGGUUGACUGCUGAAAAUGAGUCCCUGAGGGAAGAAUUGAAGCAGAUGCGUGACGACCCAAGCGCAUCUGUUGAUGCGCUGAAUACACUGAGAGACAGGCUCCAACUGGCCGAAAGAAAAAUCCAGCGGGUGACGGCGGAAAAAGACUCUCUGAGGGAGGAAUUAAAGGGCGACGCGAUUUCCCCGCAGCCAUACGGACGUGGACAGGAAAAUCGGAUUCUCGGGCUGGAGCAGGAGAACCUGGAGCUGCGUUCACAGGUUUUUGAGCUACGGAACCGCGAACGGGAUUUGGAGCGGCAGAUGAAUGUCCGUUCUGCCGCGCUGGUCCAGAAUCCGGAGGAGGUGGUAUGGCAGAGAAAAGCGGCCUCCGGUCUUAGGCAACAACAAGAGCAGAUUCACUACGCGCUUUUGGACCUCCAACACAUGCUGUCUGUAAAGAACAACGAGUUAGACUCCACUCACUCGCAGAUGGAAAAACUGAAGGACAUCAUCGAUUCGCUGAGUCAGCAGGUUUAUCAGCACAAGCAGGAAGCCGAGGUCCUUCGCAUUUCUUUCUCGGCGUUGAAAAUAAGAAAGAACGUCCUGGAGGAGGAGGUGGCGACCAAGACCAAGAGACUGGCGGUUCUCCAGGAGCAGCUCGGCAAGAAGAUGGACGUGGAAUUGAAGAGCCAGGAGAGGGAGCAGGCCACUCACAGGAUGCUGGAGACCCAUCAGGAGGCGCUGUUGCGACUCACAAGAGACAACGAAUUGAUCAUCGGUGAUUAUAGGAGGCUGCAGGACGACGUGGCCGCCAUGACGCAGGAGAAGCAAGCUGCCCAUGAGAAGAUGGAGGAGGCUUUACGUGAGCGGGAAGCGCUAAAACAGAGAGUCCAUUCUUAUGUCGAUACGGUGUCCAGGAUUGAGAACAUCUUGAAGACAAAGAAUCAAGAGAACCUGGACCUUGUGGAGCGCUUCCGCACAGCCCGCUCGGACGUGCAGGAGCGGGAGCAGCGGCUGCAGCAGGUGGAGGAAUUCAUCGGCUCCGUCCGCCUGGAGCUCAUCUCAUCCGAGACGGAACGCCAGCACCUGCGCGAAGCUCUUGGGCGCAAGGUGCAAGAGAUUCAGCAGCACAUGCAGGACUUACACACAUACAAGACACAAGUCGCAUCGUUGACCCACGGGAUGUCCCAACUGGAAGAGGAGAUCCGUGUCCUUCAGGAGGAAAAAGCCUCUCUCUUGGCCGACCUGGCGUCGGUCAGAGAAGUCUGCGUCAAAAUGGACUCGGACAAGGAAAUCGCCGCCCGUCAACUUUUGCAGGCGAAUAUGGAACUGGAGAGGGCGACCACGAGACAGGAGGACGCUCUCACGGAGGCGGCUCGCCUCAAGGAGCACCUGAUGAGCGAAAAGCUGGCGGUGCGCAACAUGCAGGCCAUGCUGGCCGCCAAUCGACAGGAGAUGUUCCAAGCCCACCGGGAGGCCAGCGAGAAGGAGGCGGAGCUCAAGGCCCUACGCCACAUGCUCACCCUGGCCGACAACAAGAUCGUGGUGAACGCCAGGGAGGUGACCAAUCUCCGGGGCAAAGUCACUCAGCUGCAGACCAAGAUGGAGGUUUUGAGUAGCAAAGUCCUUGAGUGCAACACCUCUGAAGAUAUCUCCUUCAGGCCUCUGAGGGCCUCCUCGCCCGUCGACCAUCGGGCCACUCCUCGUCAGCCGGCUCCCGACAGCUCCAUCCAAGGAGAAGAGCCAAAAAGUCAAGAUUCACCCUCACUAGUACACUGAGGGACAAUUUUGAGUGUUCAAUCAACCUAUCAUGCAUGUUUUUGGAACGUGGGAGGAAACAGGAGUACCCGGAGAAACCCCACGCAGGCAUGGGAAGAAUAUGCGAACUCCAUACAGGCAGGUCGGAGCCUGGAACUGAAUCCUGGACCUCUGUACUGUGAGGAGAAUGUAGCUAACCAGGCGGUCACUGUGCGACCCAAAAUAUAAUUUCAGUAUUUGAUUUAAAAAAAAAAAAAAAAA